AUGCCUAUUCGGCUCCAUGUCUUGGCCAGCGCCGCGAGACACGCCGUCAGUUCAUCGGUGCUCGUCUUCCGGCUCAUCGCCUUCCACCUCACCCCGCUGCUGCUCCACCUGUCCUACUUCCUCGCCGUCGACCUGCUCGGCUCCCUCGCCUUGGUGCUGCUUAGGCCAAGCAGCCCCGGAUCGUACCGUCCGCGCUACGUCGACGUGUUCUUCAUGUCGACGUCCGCGGUCACCGUCACCGGACUAGCCACCGUCCAGAUGGAGGACCUCUCGAGCGCCCAGCUCGUCGUCCUCACCCUCCUCAUGCUCCUCGGCAGCGAGAUGUUCGUCUCCUUGCUCGGCCUCGUCCUCGAGUCGUCGCGCAAGCGACGACAGCAGCAGCGCGACCAUCAAAAUCACGACGGCAGGGUCAUGGCGGCCGCCGUCGCCGUCUGCGACGAGCCGGAUCUCGAGGAGGCGAAUGGUCCGGCAGCAGCUCCGUCUGCGGAUUCGUCCGGCGAUGGUGGUGAUCGCAAGGAGAGCUGCCGCGUCGUCAGAAGCUUAGCGCUCGUGGUCUCGGCCUACAUGGCCGCGAUCCUCGUCGUCGGCUCUGUGCUGGUGUUCGCGUAUGUCGCCACCGUACCGACCGCGCGCGACGUGCUGGCGAGGAAGGGAAUCAGCGCCGCGCUCUUCUCGGUGUCCACCACCGUCUCGUCCAUCACCAACGGCGGCCUGCUCCCGACGAACGAGAGCAUGGCGGUGUUCGCCCCGAACCGUGGCCUGCUCCUGCUUCUGGCGGCACAGAUCCUCGCUGGCAGCACGCUGCUCCCGGUGUUCCUCAGGCUGGCGGUCAGCGCCACGAGAGGGCUAGCGAGGGUGUUGUUCUUGUUCACCGGGCGAGGAGGACCCGUCGAGGAGCUCGUACCCAUGGACAUGGAGAACAGCGCCGCGGCGGCGGGCUUCGGCCACCUGCUGCCGAGCGACACGCGGGCGGCGUCCCUCGCCGCCACGGUGGUCGCCGUCGCGGCCGCCGCCGCGGCGCUCCUCUGCUGCCUGAACUGGAACUCCGCGGUGUUCGCGGGGCUCACCGCCGGCGAGAAGGUCACCAACGCGGUGUUCAUGGCCGUGAACGUGCGGCAGGCCGGGGAGAACUCCGUCGACUGCUCCCUCGUCGCGCCGGCGGUGCUGGUGCUGUUCCUCGCCAUGAUGUCAGUCAUGCUCCUCCGCGCGAAAUUGAAGCAUACGCGACAGCAUAUUGUUCGAUCAUUGACAGAUUUUGCAUGCCAACCGACGACUUUCAGGUGCAUCCCCGCGUCGGCGACAUUGUUGUCGGUGCACGACGACGGCGGCGAAAAGAAAAGGAGCGGCGCCGGAGAGCCGGAACGCAAGGAUGGAGAGAAGAAGAGGAGACUGUCGCUGAACAGCAUGCUGCUGUCACCGCUGGCCUGCAACGCCGCAGCGGUAAUGCUCGCCUGCAUCACCGAGAGGCGAUCGAUCUCCGGCGACCCGCUCAACUUCUCCACGUUCAACGUGAUCUUCGAGGUGAUUAGUGCUUAUGGGAACGUGGGUCUGUCCACUGGCUACAGCUGCUCGAGGCUGCUGCCGGCAGCGGAGGCGACCGCCACCUGCCAUGACAAGCCGUACAGCUUCUCCGGGUGGUGGAGCGACCAGGGGAAGCUGCUCCUUGUUCUCCUCAUGCUCUACGGGAGGCUCAAAGGCUUCCACGGACAGCGACGCAGGAGGUGA